GUCCCGGGGCGGGGAAGUCGCGUAAUGGCGGACUCAGGCCGGUGGAGUGCGGCUGGGGGCGUAGCGCUCUGAGGGGGGCGUCCGGCUGUGUAGCAGCCCGCGAAGCAGUGGGCUGGAGCGUUCUCCGUGGGGACACGCACCGGCUGCCCAGCCCUUCAUGUCGCUGAGGGCGACUGCGCGAGGUCAGAUUGGGGACUUCAUCACUUCCUUGGCGCUCAUGACUGACUGUCUCAUGAACUGGUUGUUUUUCAUCAUUGAGAACCUUGCCUGAAGCAGGUCCACUAUGCCGUUAGUAACCAGGAACAUCGAGCCAAGGCACCUGUGCCGUCAGACGUUGCCUAGCGAUACAAGCGAGCUGGAAUGCAGGACCAACAUCACCCUGGCAAAUGUCAUCCGACAGCUGGGCAGCCUGAGUAAGUAUGCAGAGGACAUUUUCGGAGAGAUUUGUACUCAGGCCAGUGCCUUUGCCUCCCGAGUAAACUCCCUUGCUGAGCGGGUUGACCGAGUACAAGUUAAAGUCACUCAGCUGGAUCCCAAGGAAGAAGAAGUGUCACUACAAGGAAUCAACACUCGGAAGGCCUUCAGAAGCUCUACCAUCCAAGACCAGAAGCUUUUUGACAGAAACUCUCUCCCAGUGCCCGUCCUAGAAACCUAUAACAGCUGCGACGCUCCUCCCCCUCUUAACAAUCUAAGUCCUUACAGGGAUGAUGGAAAAGAGGCACUCAAAUUCUACACCAACCCUUCGUACUUCUUUGAUCUUUGGAAGGAGAAGAUGCUGCAGGACACCAAGGAUAUCAUGAAAGAGAAGAGAAAGCAUAGGAAAGAAAAGAAAGAUAAUCCAAAUAGAGGGAAUGUGAACCCACGUAAAAUCAAGACACGCAAGGAAGAGUGGGAGAAGAUGAAAAUGGGGCAGGAGUUUGUAGAGUCCAAGGAGAAGCUGGGGCCUCCUGGGUACUCAUCCACCUUGGUGUACCAGAAUGGCAGCAUUGGCUCUAUUGAAAAUGUGGAUGCGGCCAGCUACCCACCACCACCACAGUCAGACUCCGCCUCCUCGCCUUCCCCUUCAUUCUCUGAGGACAACUUGCCUCCCCCGCCAGCAGAAUUCAGCUAUCCUGCAGACAACCAAAGAGCAUCUGUCUUGGCUGGACCCAAAAGAACCAGCAUGGUCAGCCCAAGCCACCCACCCCCAGCUCCUCCUCUGAGCUCUCCGCCAGGUCCCAAGCCUGGCUUUGCUCCUCCCCCUGCCCCUCCCCCUCCCCCUCCCAUGAAUGUGCCGCCUCCACCACCAUCUAUAGCAUUCGGGUCUCCUGGGACCCCUCCACCCCCAUCACCUCCAUCUUUCCCUCCUCACCCUGAUUUUGCUGCUCCUCCACCACCUCCACCACCACCAGUAGCCGACUACCCAAUGCCGCCACCUCCCUUGUCCCAACCAUCUGGAGGUGCUCCUCCACCUCCUCCUCCCCCUCCCCCUCCGGGGCCCCCGCCUCUCCCCUUCAGUGGUGCCGAUGGCCAGCCUGCUGCACCACCACCACCUCUUUCUGAGGCCACCAAGCCCAAGUCUUCAUUGCCUGCCGUGAGUGAUGCACGAAGUGACCUGCUUUCUGCCAUCCGCCAAGGCUUUCAGCUGCGAAGGGUUGAAGAGCAACGGGAGCAAGAGAAGCGUGAUGUGGUGGGCAAUGACGUGGCCACCAUCCUGUCCCGUCGGAUUGCUGUCGAGUACAGCGACUCAGAAGAUGAUUCCUCUGAAUUUGAUGAAGACGACUGGUCGGAUUAGCUGUCUGCCUGUUGCCCACAUUCCUCUUUCUGUUCCUCCCACCCACCUUCUCCGAUACAAACUGUAACAGUCUUAGGGGGGAGAAAGCAAGGACAAAGAACUGUAAGGGGCCAAAGCCUUCUCUGGAACAACCAAAGAUCUAGCCGAGUGCUUCCUUCAGAUUACCAUGUACUCUUCCCCGUCCCUGCUUGUAGGCUCCUGGGUCCAUAGCUGAGCUGAUCCGUCCUUCCCACAAGUGACUGUUCCAUGUUGACAGGGAGGAAAAACCCUACAGCAGAUUCUUUUGCUUGGGCUUCAACUGGAGAUAGUGCCUUCCCCUGAUAGCCAUUUUAACCUGUGGCCUUCCUCCAAAGCCUUGCAUUUAGCUGCUUCAAACAAUGCUAUCCACCUCCUGGUCUUAGAGCAGUGGGUGCAGCCUGUGUGGCCGCAGCUGCUCCCUGUUCUGUGCCUUGAGACUAUAAAGCAGGCCAAGUGCCCUGGCACGUAGACCGGCACAGCCCUGCCCCACACAGCCUUCUGCUGCAGGUGGGCUCGCUUCUGCUCAGCUCUGCCCAGAUGCCUUUGUUCCAGAAGCAUCAGGCCCCUAAACACUGUCUCCUCUGCCCAGAAGUGAUGCCCUUCUGGAGGCUGAGGCUGUGGCCUUCCUCCCAUGCUCCCUCCCUCUUGGUGAGUGUGGUGUUUGGGUGUCCUUUGCGUGCCCCUCCUCACCCCAGGUGCCUUAAGACUGCACAGCCCAGUUUUAACCUCUGAUAUUCAUGACCAAACCAGCCCUGACACACAGGGACCUGGGCCUCUGCUGAUUGUCAGGAGCAAAAAAACUUGAAGGUGUGGCACCGCAGGACUGGAAGGGAAAGGAACACCUUGGGUCCUGCCUGCUCAGGAUGCCGAGGCCAAGAUGAGAAGUGACUCUCUCAAGGUCACACAGAUAGUGAUAGAACAAGAGCCUAGGCUUCCUGUUUCCAAGUCACCCGUGUUUCCUGGGACCAAAUAAUGAGCACCUGCUGGAGUCUGGGCAGAGCAACCUGGCUCCAUUCGACUCCAGAGCUCGCGAAUGCAGUGCUUGCAUUUGGAGGGCUUAGCCUGUGCCGCCGUCAGGCAGCACCAGUGCAGCUUUAACCGCAGCCUCUCUGGUAACUGUUUAUUUCCCUGUCUCCAGCCAGUCGUGUGGCAUGGGAGCCGCGCUGGGGAAGCAGAGUAGAGGGGAGCAGUGGGGCAGCCAGCCUUGGCAGGUGUGCCCGCCUGCCAGCCCGCAGUUCACUGCAGCUCCCUCCCCCUUUUGUUUCCUCAAUUUAAGCAGAGGUUGUGCCAGCUGUAGAAACUUCAGUCCCUCAGGCUGGCAGCCACAGCAGGUACCUGCCUGGGGGAGCCUGGCAGCCAUGGAGAAGGCUGAGAGGCAGAAGGACACGAGGUCUUCCUGCCUCUCCUCCUCACUGUGCAUGGUGAUGCUGCCCCCCACCCCACCUCCCUUCCCAGAACUAACACACGGGUGCUAUUAUUCAGGGAAAAAACCGAGCAGCUCUGGCCAACAGCAAGGUUUCUUCUCUUCUGCCCCAACUAUUGUGUGGCCUCUUGUGCUGAAAUCGGCUUCUCUGGCUUCAGAGCCUGAAACAAAGAGAAACAGGAUCUGUCUCUCCCCUGCACAGCAAAUGGUUGUAGUAAUUGCCAAAGCCCUCAUAAACCCCUCCGGCUUGAGGAGAGUGCAGGCAUGGCUCUGCCCCUGCGCGGACUGAGUCCUCCUCUCUGCCUCCUUUCUUAACUCAGAGGUAGGGACUGAGCACAGGUGCCAGCAGGCCCUCCUGCUGUGACACUCCAGAGUGCUCUGUGUCUCCCUGUGUCUGCCCCCCAAAUACAGUGUCUGGCACUCAACCCCAUGCUGUGCCUGUUUCCCACCCUGUGCCUUAGAAGCUGAAGGUGCUGUCAUCACAACCUUAAAAUGGCUGUUGAUGGCACCCUGGCUGCAGCCCAGCGGGGCUGGAGGGGCAGGGGAGGGCAGUGGUCCUUCCAGAUAGAAGUCCUGGGGCCUGGUUUGGGCCUAAUGGUUUUUACUAAAUUACUCCCCUCCUGCUCUCCGAGAAAGGGGAGCCAGAGCCGCUCACUGUGGUUCUGCUCCGACCUUGAAGGGGUGGUGUUGGCCUGGCUUCUGGAAUGGACAGAGUCCACCAGGAAAGCCUGGGGGCGGGAGGAGAAGGGGAGGGGCCCUGUCUGCGGAAGGUAGGAUUAGAUCAUUAGCUCAGUGACCUCCUAGGGUUUCGAUGUGCUGUGUUCUCAUCCUACAGCUGGUUUGGUAAUGAUCUGCAAGUCCCGGAGAGCACCAGCACAGCUCUGCCUGACGCUCUCAUUAAAAUCCACGCAGCCAAGCUCUGCGCUUUGUAGCAGCCGGCCUUGCAGAGCCUCCUCAGCCUGGGGGGCUGGGGACCCAGUCAGCCAAGGGUCCUCUCGGCUCUACUUAGGCAUAUGUGUACCAAAAAAAAAAAUUUUUUUAAACAUGCUUCUUUAAACCCAGAGCCCUUUAAGAUAAUAAAGGACCCAGUGCAGGUGGGUGUGUUUGUGGAAUCCUGUAAGCAUAGAAUACCAAGUUUAGUGACUAUUUAAACUGGGAUGAGACUGGUGAGAGUCUAAAGCAGUGGCCCAUAAGGACUCUUAAGCGCCGAGGCAGAGGAGCCGCCUCCCUUCCCAGUCUGCCUAGCCCAGGGGGGCUGCCCCCAUUCCUGUGGCCCAGGGGCCUAGCUUGCAAUUGGUAGUGUCAGAAGUGACUUGUAGCUUUGCCUUGGUUGUGAGAUGAUUUCAUUCCAGGGGAGGGGGUGGGGGAUCCCUUGGAGGCUCAGAGCAGCUGGCCCAAGCUCCAGCUGCCUCCAGUGGAAGCUCGAGUGAGUGAGGGAGCGCCCUCAGAAACGACCCUGGCCAAUGUCACCGCAGAGCUGAGGCGGCGUUGUCAGGGCUAAUGUGAAAUCUCUUCCCGUGGCGCCGAUCCUCUGACUCUGGAGCGCCAGCUUGGACAGAUUGAGGUCUCUGUGGCUUUGGUGACCCUACUUGAGCAUUCCCAGCGUGUCCCUGCUCGGCACUAGGACUGCCUCCUGCUCUGCAGCAGCCCCUUCCUUGACCUCAGGGCUGGCUCACUCGGCUCCCUCCCUCCCUCGCAGGAGAGGUGUCAGCCUCUGGGAGGAGCGGGAUUAAGCUUUGAGCUUGGCUAGUGCCCAUUCGACCUGGGACCAGGUGUUAGAGACCUGCUCCCCCUGCCUCCUGCCCGUUCACUUCAGUAGGGCCUCGGUGAAGGCUGAGAACAGUUCUGUGCCUGUAUUAACUUUAUUCAGUUAAUUGGCUUGAGAAACUAACCAGUUUUUACUUUCUGCCUAGAAUGCUGUAUACAUAGGAGAGAAAGCUAUCAUGUUCCCAAAGUGCCUUGUUUUCUCUGAUAUAAAUAUAUUUAUAAGGACAUAUUCCAAAAGGUUCUUGGUGUUUCCCAUAUCAUGAUUUCUGCGAGCUAAUACACAGUGGGAGUACUGUCUAAAAACAGACCCUUUCCUCCCAAAGGCAGGGCGGGGGUGGAGGGGGUCAAGCACCCCUGCUGCCCCUGCCACCCCUGUCAUACAGGGAAAGAACAUCCACAUUUUUUUUUUUUUAGAUAGGGUUUCAGGUAGACCGUGGGGCCCUUGACCUUACUAUAUAUAGCUGAAGGUGGCCUUGAACUCCCAACCCUUGCCUCAGCCGUGCCUGGCUAGGACAUCCAAUGUUUUUGUUGUUGUUUUGUUUUGUUUCAAGUCUGGUUUCACUUGCUUCACUGCCAGGCUUAUUGUGUGUACCAUAUUUGUGCUCCUGAUAACCUGAGGUUCCAUGUAACUCUUAUGUACGCGCAUGAAUACUUUAAAUGCCAACCUUCUCAAUAAUUUGAUAAAAUCUUUGUAGUCACUCAGUUA